AUGGCUAACCGUUUCUUUGAAAUUUCUGGGAGCGAUCCAUACGUCGCCUCUGUGAUAUUAUUUGGCCAAAGUGUUUCUAGCAUCAAGUCACGCCUUCCGGAAGGCACGCCAGAAUUUGACAAGGUCAGAUCUGCCUUGUUAAUUCCGGAGGUAUUGGAGUAUCUAGAACAAGAGAACAUCCAAGAUGUAGCUCUAGUCGACAUUGAGACACACGUUUGUGUGGCACAAACCGCCCUCGAAAUCCUGGAACACGGUUACAAGGUUGCGAUCCUUGCCGAUGCAGUCUCGUCAUCCUCUGCACAGGAGCGGAUGCUAGCUUUGCAACGGAUGCUCUCUGCUGGAACCAUAAUCAACAGUGUGGAGGCCUGGGCCUACGAAGCAUUGCGGUCCGCUCAGCAUCCAUCAUUCGUGCCGGCCAGUACACUUUUGGAGGAGAUAAGACUAGAAAAUGGAGAUUUCGAAGCGAACUUGUAA